UCCUUCGCCCUCGCUCGCUGCCGAGCGGAGCCGGCUGGGCCCGGGAGCGGCCCCGAGCCAUGGCCGGCAACGUGAAGAAGAGCUCUGGGGCCGGGGGCGGCGGCGGCUCCGGGGGCUCGGGCUCGGGCGGCCUGAUCGGGCUCAUGAAAGACGCCUUCCAGCCGCACCACCACCACCACCACCACCUCAGCCCCCACCCGCCGGGCGCCGUGGACAAGAAGAUGGUGGAGAAGUGCUGGAAGCUCAUGGACAAGGUGGUGCGGUUGUGUCAGAACCCAAAGCUGGCGCUAAAGAACAGCCCCCCCUAUAUCUUAGACCUGCUGCCAGAUACCUACCAGCAUCUCCGGACUGUCUUGUCAAGAUAUGAGGGGAAGAUGGAGACACUGGGAGAAAAUGAGUAUUUUAGGGUAUUCAUGGAAAAUUUGAUGAAGAAAACUAAGCAGACCAUAAGCCUCUUCAAGGAGGGGAAGGAAAGAAUGUAUGAGGAGAAUUCUCAACCUAGGCGAAACCUCACCAAGCUGUCCCUGAUCUUCAGCCACAUGCUGGCAGAGCUGAAAGGCAUCUUUCCAAGUGGACUCUUCCAAGGAGACACGUUUCGGAUCACGAAAGCAGACGCUGCCGAAUUCUGGAGAAAAGCUUUUGGGGAAAAGACCAUAGUGCCCUGGAAGAGCUUUCGGCAGGCUCUCCAUGAAGUGCAUCCCAUCAGCUCCGGACUGGAGGCCAUGGCCCUCAAAUCUACCAUUGACCUGACCUGCAAUGAUUACAUUUCAGUGUUUGAGUUUGACAUCUUUACACGACUCUUUCAGCCCUGGUCCUCCUUGCUCAGGAACUGGAACAGCCUCGCUGUGACGCACCCUGGCUACAUGGCUUUCCUGACCUAUGACGAGGUGAAGGCACGGCUCCAGAAAUUCACUCACAAGCCGGGCAGUUACAUCUUCCGGCUGAGCUGCACUCGUCUGGGUCAGUGGGCUAUCGGGUAUGUCACUGCCGACGGGAACAUCCUCCAGACAAUCCCUCACAAUAAACCUCUCUUCCAAGCACUGAUCGAUGGCUUCAGGGAAGGCUUCUAUUUAUUUCCUGAUGGACGAAAUCAAAACCCUGACUUAACAGGCUUAUGUGAACCAACUCCCCAGGACCACAUCAAGGUGACCCAGGAACAAUACGAAUUAUACUGUGAGAUGGGCUCCACGUUCCAGCUGUGCAAAAUCUGUGCUGAGAACGACAAGGACGUGAAGAUCGAGCCCUGCGGACACCUCAUGUGCACAUCCUGUCUGACUUCCUGGCAGGAAUCCGAAGGUCAGGGCUGCCCUUUCUGCAGGUGUGAGAUUAAAGGUACCGAGCCCAUUGUGGUGGAUCCGUUUGACCCUAGAGGAAGUGGCAGCCUGUUGAGGCAAGGAGCAGAAGGAGCUCCCUCCCCAAACUAUGACGACGAUGACGAUGAACGAGCUGAUGAUUCCCUCUUCAUGAUGAAGGAAUUGGCUGGGGCCAAGGUGGAGCGACCUCCGUCUCCGUUCUCCAUGGCCCCACAAGCUUCCCUUCCCCCAGUGCCACCACGACUUGACCUUUUGCAUCCUCGAGUGUCUGUUCCUCCAAGUGCUUCUGGCCUUGGCGCUGCUUCGAAGGCUGCCUCUGGCUCGCUGCACAAGGACAAACCGCUGCCAAUACCUCCCACACUGCGAGAUCUUCCGCCACCGCCGCCUCCAGACCGGCCCUAUUCUGUUGGAGCAGAAACCCGACCUCAGAGACGCCCCCUGCCCUGUACACCAGGCGAUUGUCCGUCCAGGGACAAGCUGCCCCCUGUCCCCUCUAGCCGCCUUGGGGACUCAUGGCUGCCCCGGCCAAUCCCCAAAGUACCGGUAGCUGCCCCAAGCCCCAGUGACCCCUGGACAGGAAGAGAAUUAACCAACCGGCACUCACUCCCAUUUUCCUUGCCCUCACAAACAGAGCCCAGGGCAGAGGUUCCUAGGCUUGGAAGUACAUUCAGUCUGGAUAUUUCCAUGAAUGUGAACAGCAGCCCCCUGGCGGGUCCAGAGUGUGAACACCCCAAAAUCAAGCCGUCUGCUUCUGCCAACGCCAUCUACUCUCUGGCUGCCAGACCUCUUCCUGUGCCCAAACUGCUGCCUGGGGAACAGGGUGAGAGUGAAGAGGACACAGAGUAUAUGACUCCUUCCUCGAGGCCUGUGGGACUUCAAAAGCCAGAGCCGAAACGGCCUUUGGAGAUGACCCAGAGUUCAUGGACGUGUGACGGUGACGAGCAGAUCGAUAGCUGCACGUACGAAGCCAUGUAUAACAUCCAGUCCCAAGUGCCAUCCGUCCCUGAGAGCAGCACACUGGGUGAAGGGACUUUGGCGGCAGCCCCGGCCAACCCUGGCCCCGAGGAAUCAGAAAACGAGGACGAUGGGUACGAUGUCCCCAAGCCGCCUGUGCCGGCAGUGCUGGCCCGCCGCACUCUCUCAGACAUCUCGAACGCCAGCUCCUCCCUUGGCUGGUUGUCUCUGGAUGGUGACCCCACAACAAACUUCACUGAGGGUUCCCAGGUUCCCGAGAGGCCCCCUAAACCGUUCCCCCGGAGAAUCAACUCUGAGCGGAAAGCAGGCAGCUGUCAGCAGGGCUCCAGUGCCGCGGCCGCCUCGCCUCAGCUCUCCAGUGAGAUCGAGAGCCUCCUGAGCCAGGGGUACUCCUACCAGGACAUUCAGAAAGCCUUGCUCAUCGCCCACAACAACAUCGACAUGGCCAAAAACAUCCUCCGGGAGUUCGUGUCCAUCUCUUCUCCCGCCCACGUGGCCACCUAGCACAUGGCUCCCUGCUGCACUCCAGUGGGCGCGUGAGCUGGGUGCUCUUCCCGAGGGCACCUGGGAGGGCAGAGGCUCCUUUGGAGGCUUCACCAGGAGGUCUUGCCCUCCUGGUGGGGCAUCACGUCCGUGGUUCCGAGAUUUCAACGCCGUGGAAUGAGAACGGAGCAGCUAGUGUGUUUCAUUGUAUUGGCCUGAGAGCGCAUGGCAGGUGUCCUUCAGCCCCGUGCCGAGAGAGUGGAUUUUCAUUACGUGGCAGCCUUCCUGGGGAGCAGUCCAGCAAACAGACCAAGUGUGUGCUGUCAAUCCUAACUGAGACCUACGACUUUCCUGGGUUAAGGAUGUAGCCUCAUGUCUGUCCGUCUGUCUGUCUCUGUUGUCUGUGGUCUGUGUGUAUCCUGUGAUGAUGAGGUUAACCUGCUGUGUGUGUUAAUCCCAGGCGAGGAAUUAGCACAAGUUAGGGAGGAGUCUUUUAAAGACUCCCAUCUCCUGUGGUAUGCAGCCCAGCCCUAGUGUGUGUUGUAGCUUCAACACUCCCGUUGGCUUAGAUGGUCAAGUGCGUAGCUAACGUCUUCUGUUUGUAGAACACCCUCCCUCUGUCCUUUCCCGACAGCUCCUCCUUCCUCGGUGUUCUGUCCUUGGCAGUGGGCUUGCUGUGACCAGCCUGACCGAGCCAGGCAGCUUAUGGGGUGUUGUUAAUGCUGUGUGGUGGUGGUGGCUUGUUCGAUAGUUUGGUGGGGGGAUGCACUGUUGCUGUGUCGUGGUAGUCGUGUUUGAUGCCAGCAGCUCACACUGGUCACUCCAAAGCGCUGUCUGUAGGAACAUUGUUCAUGGAAGAUGUUUUAAUUACCUUAAUUGUAUAAUGACUGAUUGGAGAUAGAGGCCUUCAGAUACAUUCCAUGUCCUCCCCAGAACACAGUCUGUGGGAGUCGUUGCCUUGGUGCCAGCCGCGUGUUCUGGUGUAGGUCUGAGUUUCCGCUUCGUGGGAGGGAAGACUGUCCCCGGAUGCCUUCCUGGCCCGGAUGCCACGAAGCUUCCUGGAAGCUUUAUCACACGCUGUUCAGAUGCCGCGGUGGACAGUGAGGGUUCACCUGCUCAGUGUUUCUUCUGAUCUGAGUGUGUGUCUCCCUCUGACCAGGAGCCAGAGUAGAUUUCAGAAGUGGGGUGUUCCCUGUUAAGGAGUUGGGGUCCCACCUGUGGCUCUGGGACUGUCACCUGCCACCUCCUCUCUUUUUUUUUUUUUUUGACAGAGUGGACAGUGAGAGAGAGAGACAGAGAGAAAGGGCUUCCUUUUGCCGUUGGUUCACCCUCCAAUGGCCGCUGCGGUUGGUGCGCUGCAGCCGGCGCACCGCGCUGAUCCGAUGGCAGGAGCCAGGGGCUUAUCCUGGUCUCCCAUGGGGUGCAGGGCCCAAGCACUUGGGCCAUCCUCCACUGCACUCCCUGGCCACAGCAGAGAGCUGGCCUGGAAGAGGGGCAACCAGGACAGAAUCCGGUGCCCCGACCGGGACUAGAACCCGGUGUGCCGGCGCCGCAAGGCGGAGGAUUAGCCUAGUGAGCCGUGGCACCGGCCAACCUCCUCUCUUCACCGCAGGUCCGUCCACCACUGUGUGUGGCACAGUAAACAGACGGCGUUCGGUGGAAUAAAGUACUGUAGUGAGAGACAGGGCGAGGCUGGCUGUGUGACUGCAGCUUCCUGAAGAAGACCCCUGUCCAGUGGCAGGAUCGCUAGUCGGCCCCUGUCGACACUGCCGAGCAGACCCUCGCGUUCCUCCGCCCUGUGGCCGCGGGCUCUGCUGCCUCCCCUCGCAGCGUGUGACCUGCUCCUCGCCAGCGGCCGGUCUGCUCUGUGACAAGUCUGCCUGCCUCGCGGGCCAAGCCGUGCUUCCACCUUUAGAUCCCGUCUGCAAGGCGCCUCCUGAGCGCAGCCGUCUCUCAGGCUGUCGGCUCCGGCACCAGGCACUUUCCCUACUUUUCUCCUGGUGCAGCUGCUGCCCUGUCUUUGGGUUUUUGCCUCUGGCCUCACAGGCGCUUUGAUUCCUGAUUAGCAGUACAGGACCUUGUACCGAUUGCCAUGGUUACCCAGUGUCUCCUCUACAUGGCAGGAAACAUGGUGUGCUAGCCGGGCCUCCUGAAGUGUGGCCGGGGGUGGGAACCGGGGAGGUGGCAGCAAAUGACUACUGUAGUGGGGAGGGUAUGCGGUUAGCCCCUUACUCUCUGUCCUAACAAUAUCUGGGCUGAGUAAUUUAGAAAGAAAAGAGGAGGGGCCAGCUCGGUGGUAUAGUGGGUUAAGUCGCCACCUUUGAUGCCCACAUCCCAUGUGGGUGCUGGGUCAAGGCCCAGCUGCUCCACUUCCCAUCCAGCUCUCUGCUAUGGCCUGGGGAAGCAGUAGAUGAUGGUCCAAAUGCUUAGUCCCUGCACCCAUGUGGAGGACCCAGAAGAAGCUCCUGGCUCCUGGCUUCGGCCUGGCCCAGCCCUGGCUGUUGCAAGCUGUUUGGGGAAUGAGCCAGCAGAUGGAGGAUUCCCCCCCACCCCUGUAACUCUGCCUUUCAAAUAAAUAAAUCUUUAAAAGAAAGAAAAGAGGGUACUGAGCUCACAGUUUUGGAGGUUCCAGGGCGUGGCACCACCGUUGACUCAGCACUGGCAAGGCUGUCAUGGCAGGUGGUGUCCCAGUGUCAGUAGUGUGUCCUGGUGCGGGAGACGACGGGGAGCCAGAGACCAGAAACGAGCCAGGCGUGCGCUGCUUCACAGCCUGUUGCCAAGCGCCAACCAAGGCUAUGGGAGGGCGGCCCCAGUUCCUCAGCCCCCCCUCUUCCCGCCCCCUGCCCCCCCACCCCCCGCGGCCACACUGGGGACCUCGGGGUCAGAGCACGUCCAUAGCCAACCACCACCUGCUUCCAGACGCCGCUGCGGUGGCAGAGUUAAGUGAAAUCCAGUUGUGCAUUGGUUUGACUACUAAAGGCCUAGACAGCCAGCCAGAAAAAACAGCACCAGCUUCCAGGUCCAGCUGUAUUGUAAUUUUUCCUUCUGAGUAGAUUUUGCCCACAAUCUAAAGGUUUAUCAAGAAAAGAAAGUGCCUGGCCGUAUCACUGCUGCCUUGUUGAGUGUGUCCUGCUCUGCUGAGAUUCCGUGCGUGUGCUGCAGCCUAGGAGCAGCCUCACGUUGUCCUUCCGGUCCCCGUUGCCACCUGAGCCAGUCCUGAGACAGGGCCCGGUGCUGGGCUGCACGUGAGCCCCUCCGCGGGCUGUGUCUGCAGCCGUUCGAGGGUCAGGCCCAUGUCCCGGGGUCUUCGGCUGCUCCCAGGGCACGCCUGCGCCGUGGAGGCGAGCCUUGGAGAGUCCAUGUGGCUCUUGUUUCGAGGGUGUUUUCGGAGCGACGUUUUCCUUGGGCUCAGCACCAGUAGCCCAUUCUGCACGCUCCAUUUGGCUAUUACCAGGUCUGUGGCUCUGCUGUGAAUUUAAGCUCUAUUUUGAGUUUUUCCAUGUUUGCCCCUUGCACCUUCCUAAUUGAAAAUGUGAAAAAAAAAAAAAAAGUCUUCCUCUUUCUCAGAUUCAUCCCUCUGUUUCACCUGCACCUGUUUGCUGCUCUGCCUGUGUCUUCCUGGAUUCUUCCACAUGUUCUGCCCCGUGGCCUGGCUGGGCUCCACCCGCCAGCUGCCCUUCCCUGCUUCCGCUAAACUGAAGGGUGCCGGAAGUGGGGAAACCUGCCGGCUCCGCCACGCGACUCCCACCAGUUAGGUCACAGACUGGGCAGUUCACCGUCAGUGCUUGUUCUCGCUGCUCUCUCCCUGCCGGGGCCCUGUUCUUCCACGGCCGCCCCCAGCCCCACUCUGCACUCCGCCCUUUUCUGUCCCCUUUCUCCUGGGCUCCGGGGCGCACCGCGUGGGGCUGGCUCUCUUGGUAUCAUUUAGCUGUUCCGUGGACUCAGUGUUCUCGAGUGGGGGAUUGCCAUUCUUCGACUUCUAAUGUCGGUUUCCCCUAUGGGAAGGUAAAGGCCGUUUAUGGCCUAAGCAGCAAACUUGGUAACGAAGUCUGUAAUACACUUGCUUGCAAACCAAGGGCCAGCGCUGUGUUCCCGUGAGGCAGCGUUCACAAGAUGGAGCCCUUUUGUAGGAGGUGGGUGGUAGGUUAAUGCAGUCUUCUCCUACCUCACAGCAUGGUAGUCGGGCUUCCCAGGUUGUGAGUCCCGGCUCGCCGCCGGCCUUUCUGAUCCUGGAGCAGCCCUGCCCAUUGAGGAACAGCGCUGUACCGUCGACCGGGCUGUAACGGUUUGUUCAUUCGUCACAACGUGCCGGAAAUGCCAGCUCUGAGUCUUGCCCGCCACCACAGACUGGAUCACUGAUGUCGGGGAUUGCACCUGGGCGGCCCAGCACUUGCCUUUGGUCCUAAAAUAGUGUGCAGUCUUACGCACAGCUCUUCCCUGGGCUUAGCGCUCCUCACAGAGCUGUCCUGGUGAACGUCCGUCUGAGACCCCCUUUAGCCCCUGGUGUUCUCCUGGAGUCAGUCUCGUGCCCCCCCCCCCCAUCUUUGUCUUCCGGUGGAAGCCGUGUGGUGGGUUGAGGGGCAUGCUGGCUUAGAGUUGCACCACAGGACAGUAACCAUUUAAGCAAGGCAUCUGCCCGCAGUUCCCUUUCCAACCUAGUGCCUUCCUGGGUCUUUUUUGGUGGGCUGAUGGUGUCCCAAAGCCCUCUCAUUGGAAAGGUGUCCCUACGCCCGCUCUGGGACCUGUCACUGCCUCCCGUGUUCUUGGGAAUUUGUUUCCCAAGCCAUGACCGGCCUUUGCAGCUGAUCCUGUGUCCUUGAAGGGACGGACAGAGUGGGGGAGGGGCGGGCAGCGGUCUGCAGGUCCUGGUCUUCAGCCAGGUGUUUGUUUUCCGAGGAGCCAGACAGUAAGCAGGUUGAGCUGGUCGGUUCUCAUGGUGCCAGCCUGUUCUCCCAGAGUAGGGAGUCCGCGACCCUGGCGCUAAGUGCCAGCGCCAUUCAUCAUUCUACCAGACCGUAAAGCUUUGGACAGUCGACCUAAGAUGUGCGGACUCGGCCUGAAGCGCUGCCCUCACUGCUUGGAGGUCAGCCCACCUUGGAGUCUUCCUUGGAGAGUGCGCGUGGCCACUUAGUGCACCGAGGAGGGCGGGUGGUGGAAGAAGGUUGAGGCUGCAUUUUUGACCAUCCUGGUUAGGGAUCCUUUGGGUAGAAGAGACGGAAACACUCCAGCUAAAGAAAGGAGAAUAGGUUGCACGCUAUUGCCCGGAGCCCAGAACAGGCGGUGCCAGGCUGCCCCCUGGUCCUUUACCCUGGGUCACGGCUUGCAAUGGGCAUGUGUAGCCCCCGGACAGGCACCCCAGACCCUAAGUCCACGUGACCUUCCAGCUCGAGGGAUCCCCAGGUGUCUAACUGGCCAGUGGGGGACAGGACAGCCGUAGCAUGGGUAGACAGCCACCAGCUCCCUGGGAGGAUUUCUCUGGUAGUACAGCUGCUGUUCUGCUUUUGUGAGAGUGGGCAGGCAGGCGUCGGAGUGCCUAGGCUGUGGAGACAUGCAGAGGGUUGACUUAAUCCUGGUCACCACCGUUGUUGCCUGUGUUUCUUCCUUUUCUGAGUCUUGACACACACGGUUUCUUUGCCACCUCUUCAGAAGCAGCGUGUGCUGCCCCGUGCUGGGUGUCUGCCUCCACGCAGCCUCAGGGCUUCAGCUUCUUGCUGGCUAGAGAGCAGAUCUUGUUCCGUUGUGCUCGGCGCACGUGGGCUCCUGGCACAGGGAGCCCUGCAGUGCGGGCCUGGGCCAGCCAGGAAGAAGGUAGAGUAGCUGGGCCAGUUACCAGGAUGGAAAUUAAACAUGGAUCCCAGGUUAGAGUUUGCACCCAGGACUCUUAGGACAAGCUGCCUGUGUCUUCUGCGUCUGAUCAAUCUCUUUUUAGUCCUAUAUGAAAGCUUAACGCUUUUCUCUUGGGCUUUUUAGAAUAUGCUUCUGCUUGCCUGAACCAUCUCAUUUAUCUCAUCGCGAGCCUGUCUGGAGCUGUAGGGCAUUGCUUCCUGCCUUGUCUCCAGCGUGUUAAAACCACUGGAGUCAUAAGGUACACCCAAAGGCACCCCGAUCACCCAGAGACGCACACUGGGGCUCAGCAGGGAGGGCGACGCGGGCCACCGCGCGUGUGCCGUUCAGGUUUGGGCGCCCGCGUGCAGGGGCCGCAGUGCCCCAGCAGUGCCGUGUGCCUUCACCAGGCCCGGGAAGCCCGCUGCUUGGUUCUGGAAAGUAGCACAAGUUCGGGGUGGGGAGAGCAAGCCCAGUGCGGUGGAUGGAAAGCCCCGUGUGGGAGGGCCAGCUGUUGACCCCCGGGACAGCUGUGUGGGGCGCAGGAGAAGAAUGUGGCUGGCCACGCCUGUGUGUGCAGAGCCGCGGCCACAGGCCAAGCUCACAUCUCCUACCGACUUGGCCGCGGGAUAGAUGGGCAGUUCUUUCACCAGGGCCUGUGCCCCACCCCCAGUCGCUCCACGCUCCCUCAGCCUCCCAGGUCCACCUCCUACCCCAGGUCUCUCACCGCCUCCACGCACAGGCCCUGAAGUGGGGCGCACUAGGUGCCUCCGCGUGGGUUCCUGCCUCCCGCUCCCCCUCCGAGCCUGCCUGGGCGAGGGUCGCCACGUCUGUGUUGCCUCCCACGGCCCCCAGGAGUCGGCGCCUCCGGACCAGUGGCUGUGCCUGGCAGAGGAGAGCCCGGCUCCCAGCUGGGUGGCAGCGGGCCUGGCAGCUGUGAGGUGCCUCCUCCAUCUGCCUUCUGCCUGUGCAGACUGGGGAUUUUUAACCUUAUAUAUCUUUUUCCUUUAUUCAAAACAAAACAAUUUUUAGCACACUAAAAAAAAAAAAAAAAAAAAAGCCAAACGUUUUGUGCCUUUCUAAGGCAGCACUGUGUCCCAGGCUGCAUUUUAGGACUUAAUAUGGAGAUGGCCGUGGCUGCAGCCUCUACCUUGAGUGCCAUCAGCCCCUAGGGGCCGGGGCCGGGAGGAGGCGCUCUCGGUGACUGGAGGGGCACACCCAGGGGCAGGCUGCUGGCGGUCCCCCCCCCCCCCCCGCCCCGCCCCGCCCCUUGCCGAGGAAGGAAGGAAGCCCCGUGCCCAGGGAGAGAGCAGCUGGCGGGUGCGGUCAGAGGCUUAGUCCCCAGCUCCACGCUCUGCCUGCACAGCUCCCGGCUCCUGGCCACCAUGGCCCGGCUGCUGCGAAGGGGACAGUGCUCGCUCCUUUCUGUCGUUUCUGCUGGAUCCUGAACCAGCCUCGACCCCCGCCUGUCCCACAGACCUGGCGCUCCCGUCACCGGGAGGCUUCCGACCUGUGUGCUGAGCAGCGCCUGUGUGUGUGUGUGUGGGGGGGGGGGCAGCUGCCCUAGGAGGGGUGGCGCCCCCCCCCCCCCCAAGCCCAGAGCCGGGCCUCAGCACUGUGUGAGUGGAGGGAGCGUCAGGGUUUUCUCCUCCCUACCUCUCCUUGCUUGCCCCCUGCCUCUGCUAACAGAACCGGAGAUAGAACAGUUCUCUGUAAGGUCCUCCUCAUUCCAGAUUCUGAGAUUCUUGGCCUGGGUGGGGCUGGAGAGCGCUCAGUGUGUUCUCCAGGCUGAAGAGUCCCAAUUUGUAUAUCAGUGUUAAGCAGAAAACAAAACGCAUUUAGAUGAGAUUUUCAUGGACUAUUUUAAAAAUGUCAUUAAUAUAAAAAAGUUUAUAUUAGCAGUAUUUAAUCAUUCUCACCUGUAAAGAGUAAGAAAAACAGAAGAUAAAUAUUCUUACAGAGAAUAGCAGAGCUUUACGAUUCAUUUUCAUUUUAAGUCUUGUUUUACCAAUGUAUUAAUGUUUAGAGGUCUGUUAUACUAAUGUUAUUUAUUAAUUUUUUUCAUUUCCAUACACAGUUAACUGAAGAGCUUUUUCAAGCACCCAUGUCUGUAAAAAAGAUAUUUUUAAAUAAAGUUUCUUUUGUUGUA